CCGCUUUUUCCUUGAAUGAAAUGCUGUGGGUAUGAAUCCGUGUCUGCCCCCUCUCGCCUGAGGUCCGGGGAUCGGUCCGAGCUGAAACCGGGGGCGGAAAGUGAUGGGAAAGUUGCAGUGAUCUGCUGGAUGAGGGAGGACGAGGCGAGAACUCGCAAAGUUUCCGAUCUCCAGUGACAGAUUCAGACCUGGACGCAGAGAAUGUGACUGCUGGGGACGGAAGCUUUUUCUUUUUUAACGCGUGGACUUCUGCGUCUUUUCCCCCUGAGUUUCGAGCGAACUUUUGAGUUUGCGCUGGAUUUAUUAUUCAUCCUUUUUUUCCUCUUCUGCGCACAAAGGAACUAAAUGAUUUGAAUGGGAUCGUCUGGCUGGUCACUGGCUGUAACGGGAUGAAUCCAAAGAGCUGUUUCGGUUCAUCCAUGGUUUCAAACUCUUCACUCCAGCUGAAACAGAACAUGUGCUGAUAUCCCUGGAACUGUCCGAGCUCAUUUUUUAUUUUUUAAACACUUCUUCUCAUCUGAAACAAGAAGCCAGCUCGUAAUUAACUGCUGCUGCUCUGAUCAUUUGCUUUUUCUUUCUGUGGCCAACGAACCAAAUGUUAAAUGUUCAAACUGUGGACUCUGAGAUUUAGUUUUCCAGUUUGACAUGAAGGAGUGGAUGGCUAAGCUGCUUUUUGAAUAAUUUGGAUUACACUAGGAUAUUUCCCAUAAGAGAGUCGUUGAAUGAUGUCUCCAACUUUUAUUGGAUUUGCAUUUCUGUUAGGAAUUCUCCAUGUGUGCUCAGGAUCUCGUCUGCGCCAAGAGGACACCGCACCCAAGAUCGUGGAGCACCCCUCUGACCUGAUAGUUUCCAAAGGGGAGCCUGCCACCCUCAACUGUAAGGCAGAGGGUCGUCCAACCCCAACAGUGGAGUGGUACAAGGAUGGAGAGCGGGUGGAAACGGACAGGGACAACCCCCGUUCUCAGCGCAUGCUGCUGCCCAGCGGCUCGCUCUUCUUCUUACGCAUCGUCCACGGACGACGGAGCAAACCGGACGAAGGCUCCUAUGUCUGUGUUGCCCGCAACUACCUGGGAGAGGCCGUGAGCCACAACGCCUCACUGGAAGUAGCCAUUCUACGAGACGACUUUAGACAAAACCCUGCAGAUGUGAUCGUGGCGGCCGGAGAACCAGCGGUCCUGGAGUGCAUGCCCCCCCGUGGACAUCCCGAACCCACCAUCUCAUGGAAGAAAGAAGCCGUGAACAUCGACGACCGGGACGAGAGGAUCACCAUACGCGGCGGGAAGCUGAUGAUCACAAACGCCCGGAAGAGCGACGCUGGGAAGUACGUGUGUGUCGGCACAAACAUGGUCGGAGAGCGGGAAAGCGAAAUAGCCGAACUUACAGUGCUGGAGCGUCCCAGCUUUGUCCGUCGCCCCGGCAGCCAGGUGGUGUUAGUGGACCAGAGCGUGGAGUUCAGGUGUGAGGCCCGUGGUGACCCAGUUCCCACCGUGCGCUGGAGGAAGGACGACGGUGACCUGCCCAAAGGAAGAUAUGAGAUUCGCGAGGACCACACCCUGAAGAUCCGUCGUCUGACCUCGGCCGACGUCGGCUCCUACACCUGCGUGGCCGAGAACCUGGUGGGCAAGGCGGAAGCCUCGGCCUCGCUCACCGUCCACGUCGUGUCUGUGCCCCCGGCAUUUGUGGUGAGACCAAGGAACCAGGUGGUUGGGGUUGGCAGAACCGUCACUUUCCAGUGCGAGGCCACUGGGAACCCGCAGCCAGCCAUUUUCUGGCAGCGGGAAGGCAGUCAGAACCUGCUCUUCUCCUACCAGCCUCCUCAGCCCUCCAGCCGAUUCUCUGUAACCCAGUCCGGGGAUCUGACCAUCACUGACGCCGAGCGCUCAGACGUGGGGUAUUACAGCUGCCAGGCCCUCAACAUCGCUGGCAGUGUCAUCACCAAAGCUCUGCUGGAGGUCACCGAUGUUGUGUCGGAUCGCCCGCCUCCGGUCAUCCGCCAAGGCCCGACCAAUCAGACGGUGGCCGUGGACGGCACGGUGGUUCUCAACUGUAUGGCAUCGAGUAACCCAACACCCACCAUCCUGUGGAGGAAGGAUGGAGUGUUGGUGUCCACUCACGACUCCAGGGUCAAACAGCUGGACACGGGCGCUCUGCAGAUCCGCUACGCAAAGCUCGGUGACUCUGGCACCUACACCUGCAUCGCCUCCACCCCCAGCGGCGAGGCCUCGUGGAAAGCUUAUUUGGAGGUUCACGAGUUUGGAGUUUCAGUCCAACCAAACAGACCCACUGACCCAAACCUGAUCCCCAGCGCCCCUUCCAGACCUGAGGUCACCGACGUCACCCGCACCUCCGUCACCCUCUCCUGGAAGCCUAACCUUAACUCCGGAGCCACGCCCACCUCCUACAUCAUAGAGGCCUUCAGUCAUGCAUCAGGCAGCAGCUGGCAGACCUUGGCGGAGCAUGUGAAAACUGAGUCAUUUGUACUGAAGGGCCUGAAGCCCAGCGCCGUCUACCUCUUCUUAGUGCGGGCGGCCAACGCCUACGGGCUGAGUGAUCCCAGUCCCAUCACCGAAGCUGUGAAAACCCAAGACAUCCCCCCCACCAGCCAGGGUGUGGACCACCGUCAGAUCCAAAGGGAGCUGGGGGAAGUGCUGAUCCACCUGCACAACCCCACCAUCCUCUCCUCCUCCUCCGUCAGGGUGCAGUGGACAGUGGAGCAGCAGUCUCAGUACAUCCAGGGCUACAAGGUGAUGUACCGGCCUUCACCGGAGGGGCUGCAGCGGAGCGAGUGGGCCGUGUUCGAGGUGCGGACCCCCGGGGAGGACAGCGCCGUGGUGCCACAGCUCCGGAAGGGCGUCACAUAUGAAUUCAAAGUCCGCCCCUUCUUCAACGAAUUCCAGGGAACAGACAGCGAUGUGAAAAUUGGCAAGACGCUGGAGGAAGCCCCCGGCGCCCCUCCUCGUGAGGUUACAGUGACGGAGAGUGGGGACAAUGGGACCGCCAUCGUGGUCUCCUGGCAACCCCCUCCGGCAGAGGAACAGAAUGGGGUGGUCCAGGAGUACAAGAUUUGGUGUUUGGGGAACGAGACUCGGUACCACAUCAACCGUACAGUCGACGGCUCGACCUUAACCGUGCUGAUCCCCCACCUGGCCCCGGGGAUCCGCUACAGCGUGGAGGUGGCGGCCAGCACCGGGGCGGGUCCCGGGGUCAAGAGCGAUACCACCGUCUUCCAGCUCGAUUCAUCUGGGCGGAUGACGGAGGCCGACUCCCCAGAGAACCCUCUGUCCCAGCAGAUCUCCGACGUGGUCAAGCAGCCGGCCUUCAUAGCCGGCAUCGGCGCCGCCUGCUGGAUCAUCCUCAUGGUCUUCAGCAUCUGGUUGUACCGACACCGCAAGAAGAGGAACGGCCUCUCCAGCAGCUACGCAGGCAUCCGCAAAGUGCCGUCCUUUACUUUCACACCAACCGUGGCAUAUCAGAGAGGUGGAGAAGGUGUGAGCAGCGCCGGAAGGCCUGGUUUGCUGAACAUCGGGGAAUCUGCCACUCAGCCCUGGCUGGCCGACACAUGGCCCAACUCCUGCUCCAACCACAACGACUGCAGCAUGAACUGCUGCACCGCUGGCAACGGCAACAGUGACAGUAACUUGGCGACGUACAGCCGACCAGCCGACUGCAUCGCCAAUUAUAACAACCAGAUGGAAAACAAGCAGACCAACCUCCUGGUGCCGGACUCGGGAGUCUACGGAGACGUGGACCUGUCCAACAAGAUCAACGAGAUGAAGACCUUCAACAGCCCCAACCUGAAAGACGGACGCUUUGUGGGUCCUGGGGGCCAGCCGACGCCUUACGCCACCACCCAGCUCAUCCAGUCCUCCAUCAUGGGCAACAAUAUAAACUCGGACAGAGGCCCCGGCGGGAUCGGAGGUGGGCCCGGGGGCGGAGGGGAGCUGAACGAGAAGCACUGCUGGAAGCCCAGCCCGGUCCAGCAGCAGCAGCAGAAACAGGAAAUGGGCUCGCAGCUGCAGUACAUCAUCAUGGAGCAAAACAAGCUGAACAAGGACCGCUACAGAGGAGGAGACUGUCCUAUGCCGGCCACCAUCCCCUACAACCAGACCCAUGACAGCCACACCGGGGGUUCCUACAACAGCUCCGACCGAGGCAGCAGUAGCACCUCCGGCAGCCAGGGCCAGAAGAAGGGGAUGCGCACCCCCAAACUACCCAAACAGAGCACAAUGAAUUGGGCUGACCUGCUGCCCCCUCCCCCUGCUAACCCACCCCCCAGCCGGAGCAUGGAGGAGUACUCUCUACCGAUGGAAGAAAGCUGUGACCCAGACAUGCAGUGCCCCAUGCCCCCCUCGCACAUGUACCUGCAGCCUCACGAGCUGGAGGAGGAGGAAGAGGAGAUGGAGAGGGGACCCACUCCCCCCAUCCGAGGGGCGGCGUCUUCCCCGGCUGCCGUGUCUUACAGUCACCAGUCCACGGCCACGCUCACCCCCUCGCCCCAGGAGGAGAUGCGGCCGAUGCUGCAGGACGCGCCCGACAGCCACGAACGCAGGCGCCAUGGUGUAAGCCCCCCAGCGCCUCAAAGACCCCUCUCCCCUUCACACACGUAUGGGUACAACUGCAGCCCGUUGGCCUUGGACACGGACGGCAUGGAGGAGGACGACAUAUUGGAGGAAGACGAGGAGGGGGACGAGACAGAUGCAGAGGUGGCCAAGAUGCACUACCACCACCCCCACACACACACACACCCUCACCACUCCCAAAUGCACCCGCGAAGGCUGCUGCUCCGGGGGCUGGAACAGACGCCGGCGUCCAGCAUGGGCGACCUCGAGAGUUCAGUGACCGGCUCUAUGAUCAACGGAUGGGGGUCGGCCUCUGAAGAGGAUAAUGUCUCUUCGGGGAGGUCCAGUGCAGUCAGCUCUUCAGACGGAUCCUUCUUCACUGAUGCUGACUUUGCCCAAGCGGUCGCUGCAGCUGCAGAGUAUUCAGGCGUCAGAGUGGCCAAGUACCCCAACACACAUGGCCAGGAGGUUGGAGGAGCUUCAGCACGAAAAUACCAAAUAAACCCAUCAGGCCACCGUCCAGGCAGCCCGGUGUCCUCAGACGGGAACAUGAGCAUGGCAGCGGUUCACAGGAGGCCUCCGAAGAAGCAGAAACAGCAUCCGGCAGCCGUCCAUCCAGGCACCCAGAGACGUGAUCCCUACAAUGAAGAUCUCCCCCCUCCUCCCAUCCCUCCUCCAGCAGGGCUCAAGUCCCCCACACAUCCCUCCAAGGCAGCACUGGAGGGCCGGGGGGUGGUGUCCCCCAAAACAGGCGAGGGUCGAGACAAGCGAGGAGCGACGGGAGGCUACCGGCCCCGGGAGGGUUCGGACCCCAGGACCAGCUCCUCGGAACGCAAGGAGGCGCAGGAGAGACAGAAGACUUCUCACGGAGAGAAAGGGAAUAGACACGAGAGUAGUACUGGCAGCAAGGCACGCCAACAUGCAGGUCCAGAGGACAUUCUGCCCUACAACAGACCCCAGUUCCCCACAGUCAACAGCACCCGAGACCCGAGCUCCUCCAGCUCCAUGUCCUCCCGGGGCUCAGGGGGCCGGCGGAGAGGAGAGGGGGGCCGCAGGAACCAAGCAGACAUGGGCCUCAUCACCACGGGGGCCUUACAACCAGGAGAUGAAGAGCUAGAGAUGGCAGAAAGCUGAAGAUCCACGGAGACAAAGGAGGAGCUGUCCUGAUUUUUCCAAGAGUGAAGCACCAUUGUUUCUCUUACAUUUUUAAAUAUCUCAGUAUUUCACCGUCAUGUUUGCUGCCAUCAUACUGUACAUCAGUAGUGUUUCUUUACAUCUGGAAAUCAGACCUAUGUUUUUUUUGUUUUUUUUCUAACUAUUCAUUUUCUAUGUCCAUUUGACAAAAAAAAAAAAAGGCGAGCGUGUGUGAAGAUAGAAGAACGGUGCAUUCAAAAACUAAAAUACGCAGUAGUAUAUUUAUGUUUAAUUCCAAUGCAAUAUGGAGUGAAAUCUGACUCCAGACAUUGACAUGACUCGGCUUGACAAGAACUUUUGCAGAGCCCAUAACAGUCACAUGUUACUGUAAUAAAAUAGCUGCAAGCAGAGGUGGACUGUAAAUAUACGUGUAUACAUGAUGUCCUCUUGUUUUACCCACUGUGGUACCUCGAAUUUGUCUUCCUUUGUUUUUUUGUUUUUUUUUGCGAAUUCUAAUUUUAUUAUGCCAGUAAAUAUAAAUAUUAUUUUAUCAUUUCCAUUCAUGUUGUAAAUUGCAAUAUUAUUUAGCUGCCCCCCCAAGAAAGUGCCACUUUGGGAUUAUUCUUUUUUUUCUCUCUCUCUCUUUUAUUUUUUUGUUGUUUUUGUAAUGCACUGUUAUGUUUCGUGUUGUCGUCAACGUUUGUCAUUUUGUUUUACUUUGGUUUUAAAAGCACAAUCACUAAACUUUAUUUUAAACCAUUCUAUCUAUUAACCUUUUUGUCUUACUGGAGGAAAACAGGUACGACAAAAGAGUCUAGUUAAUCCUGAUGAUGGUGAUGAUAAUGAUGUAGGUAAAGGUUGCUGUUUACGAAGGCUGUGCUUGAAAGGAGACUCCUUUCAUUUUGAUUGUCUCCCUCUCCGGUUCUGACGCUAGCUCCAGUGAAACAAAAAAACAGACAGUUAAUGUGACUCAUAGCUGCAAUGUAAAUAUCUUUUUCGCAUUGACCAUAAACUCAGCUAUUGCACAUUAAUCGAAAUGGUUACGUCGUCUACUAAUGCACUUAAAUGAAUUUCAAAUACAGGAAAUAAAGAGUCACUUUGGGAAUCUGGAGAGGUUGUUAUUGGACAAGAAGGGUCUCUUUUCUCGAGAAGGCAGGGGCAGUCGCCUCCCUGUUUUUGAGAAGAAGGGUGCUGUUGUUUAUUCAUAGAACAUCUGCAAACAUUUGUUUCGUAAAGCAAAAAAGGAAAAAGAACUACAAAAAAAAUGAUGAAUAAAAAGUUCAAACUA